AUGAAAGUAAACUCGAUAAUUCUCAAAAUUGUCUCAUCUUUGCACCUUCUCUUGGCCUCCUCCAAGGCCUGGUUUGUCUUGACAACGCCUCAGAGACUCUCUCAGUUUCUGGGCCACCGUUGCGUUGACGACGGUUGGCUUGCCAAACCUCCUAGCAGCGUAGCAAUUCUCCGAUUGCAUUGGCCCUCUUCUGCCGUGUCGCAAGAGUCGUUGCACAAGCAACCCUUCUCGGCGGACCGGCCCGUCUGGCCAGACGGUCACAAGACAAAACUGAAUUGGGCCUAA